CCCCCCAAAAAAAUAGAAAAGGAAGGGCAAAAAUAUCUAGUAGUAGUAAAAAAAUAAGCUCUAGAAUCUAAACAUGGCGGUUGUUGUCUCCCUGAACUGCCAUAAACCCUUCACUUCACGGCCUCACUCCCAAUACCCAAAUUUCAAAACCCCAAGUUCUCGCUUUACCACCAAUCAUCGAAAACAUAAUUCGAUCAAUUUCGUUCCUAUCAAGACUCUAGGCCACCGACACCAAAUCCUUUACAAGUUGAGCACAGAAGACUCAAAUUCAGGGAAUGUGGAAGAAGCAGAAAAUGAAGUCGACAAUAUAGGAGUUAAAGCCGCACUAUCUAUGCUCAAUUUUUAUAAAAGAGAAAUAUCGCCGCUGAUGCCAAAAAGUUGUCGUUAUGUUCCAACAUGUAGUGAGUAUUCCAUGUCAGCUUACAAAAAGUACGGAGUUGUUAAGGGUACUGUCUUAACUGCUUGGCGUCUAUGUCGUUGCAAUCCCCUUGGUGGUUCUGGAUUUGAUCCCCCGCGGUGGUUUGGUGAGACGAGUAUACCUGAAGAAUGAUGUAAAAGUAAAUUUUUGCUUUCUUUGAGUUUAAGGUUUCAACUUGUCAUAACUAGCAUUUGUUUCCUCAGCUGUACAAAUAUAGAUUGAACUGGGUUGUAUCAAGUGCAUGAAGUUACUGUU